AUGGUCCAUAAGUGUAGUGUAGCCGGCUGCAGGCAAAAAUAUAUUAAAGGCCUGAGUUUCUUCAAAGUUCCAUUUCACGAUGCUGUACGGUCAAAAAAAUGGACGAAUGUGAUAGGGAUAAAUGAAACUAGUAAUAAAAAUUGCUUUGUUUGUGAAAGACAUUUUAAAAGUUGUGAUUUUGAUCACAAUGGAAUUGGCGUUAAUGUUAAAAAAUUGAAAUUAUCUGCGGUGCCCAGUUUGUUUUUACCGGUGAUUGAAAUAGUAAAUGCAGAAUAUGAGCAUAGCCAUAACGAUAUGGAAUUAUCAUUUGAUUUUGAGGAAGUUGAAAUGAAUAAUGAUGAUGUUAGUGAUGAAAACUUACCAUUAAACAGAAAUGAAAUGAAUAAUGAUGAUGUUAGUGAUGAAAACUUACCAUUAAACAGAAAUGAAACGAAUAAUGAUGAUGUUAGUGAUGAAAACUUAUCAUUGGACGGAAAUGAGAUGAAUGACAGUAUUUGUAAUGAAAAAUCACCAAUUAAAAUAAAUGACGUUACUCCAAAAAUUUUAUUUCCUCAAUCUUUGACUAGCAAUCAAGAAAUAUUGUGUGAUUUUUGCAUUAGAAGACAGAAUAUUUUGAAAGCCAGAGAAUAUCAUUUAAAAAAACUAGCUGAAAUAAAAGAAGAAGAAAGUAAACUACCUUUAAUUUGUCCUUGUGAAAAUAAUGAAAAUCUCAAGUCAAAUAAACAAUGUAUGACACCAUUGGAUGAAUGUAACAAGUUUUCUACAUUAACUCCAAAAGCACUAGCAAGACGAGCCUUUACACUUGACCAUUCAUAUAUAUCAUCUCCUUCAAGGCUGAUUAAACACAAAAACAAAAACAUAAAAAAUAUGAAAAUUAGAAAAGUUAAGUCAAAGAUAGUAAUUCAAAAGUGCAAACGUCAAAUAAAAGUAAUUAAAAAUAUUAAGUUAUUAUUGUCUUAUAUGAAAAAGAAAUGUGGUGUUCAAGAAAAAUUAUCAUCCUAUCUUGAACAUACAUUCCCAACGGCAAUGUCAGAGUUGUUUAACAGAUAUAGAAAUGGCGGUAGAAAAUGUUUUUCGCCAGAAUUAAGAGCUUUCGCUCUAACUUUGAAAUUUUACUCUCCCAAGGCUUACAAUUUUGUUAGAGAAAAAUUUGGUUCAUGUCUUCCUCAUGCAACGACCUUAAGGUCCUGGUACCAUGAGAUCAACGUAGAAGAAGGUUUUACAGAAGCAUCAUUUACUGCUCUCAAAAACGAAAUGCACAUAAAAAGACAAAUUGAGUGGGAUGGGAAAAAAUGUCAUGGCUUUAGCAGCAUUGGAAAUGGCUAUACAUCAAAUGAUUCUGAACUUAGAGCAGCCACUCAGGUUUUAGUUAUUUUAGUGGUUGCACUUGAUUCUUCAUGGAAAGUCCCGAUAGGCUAUUUCUUUCAUAAAGGCCUAAACGGAAAAGAUAAAGGAAAAUUGGUAUUAGAAGCUUUAAAAAAACUUUAUGAAAUUGAUAUUCAAGUUCCGUCUUUGACAUUUGAUGGUCCUUCAUCUCAUUUUUUUAUGGCCCAUGCAUUAGGAGCAAAUUUAUCAAUAACUAACAUGAAAACUUUUUUCCACAUCCUUGUGACCCAACAAAAUUUGUCCACUGCAUAA